UUUGAAAUGUAGACGUGACACCGGAAGCGGAUGUACAGCAGGGACUAUUUUGAGAAACGCACAGGCCGCCAUAUAAAGGACAACAUACGUUACGUUUUCACGGAAGAAAUUCUGUUGUGUUUAAAGUCCAAUACACUGUGAUUCAAGUUACUUUUGAAGCUUUAUAAAAUGCCCCGCGGCCUGGCGGACACAGCGGGCUGAGGGUUCAUCUGACGGAGGAAAGAUGGAGGCGAGGUUCGGCGGCGAAUUGGCGUCGAUCGUGGAAGUCGCCAUCCAGGCAACCGUGUCCCUGUUCAGGGACGUCUGGGCGGAGGAGGCGCCGAGCACCAGGUGGGGAGAGGCGAAGCUCGGCGAAGUCCAGGAGAUAGAGAAGUGUCUGGUGGUUCAGAUCCAUAAGGUGUUCACGGAGUUCUCCUCGGAGCUGAUCGAGGAGAACGAGGCUCUGCGGGCCAAGGUGGAGCAGCUGGAGGAUGUGCUGCACAGGAAAGCCGGGCAGCUGGAGCAGGAGCUGGAGGUCCGAGUGGUGCAGCUGGGCAGAGAGAUGGAGCAGCUGGAGAGGGAGCUGAAGAGCAUCAGUGGAAGCAGCACAGGGACACAAGGACGCCCGACCCACAUCCUGAUGCAGGACGGCUCCCUGAUCGGAGCACCGGUUGCGUCGGUCUCCACCAGUCCUGAUGUCCCUCUGGUUGCUUCUGAAGAACCCACCUCGAACCCUCUUCUGGUUUCAUCGGAAAGCCCCGAAGCGGUUCCCAGCUCCACAUCUGGAUCCGUGGGAGUCCCUGAAUCUGGGAUAGCCCCGGUGAUGUUGGUUGGCAGAGUCCCCUCCGCUCCCACGGUUCUGCUGCUGAGCACCGGCCAAGUCGUCUACCAGCCUCGUGUCUCCGAGACAAUGGGAUCGCCGGAGACCGCGUCGCAAGACGUCCCCAGUCCAGACUCCAGCACCGUCGGCGAUGACGACUAUGCACAGGACAAGACAUCUGUGGCAGAGGCCCCGUCAGGGAGAUCGAAGAGGAUCAGGAGAGCAACCUUUAAAGCUGCAGAAGUUUUUGCUGGCGCCCGCACCAAAGAGAAAACCAUCAAGACGGAUGGAGUGCAGGGAAAAAGCAAAGAGUUGCAGGCGGCAAAGCGGUUCUCCUGCGAGCAUUGUAACGUUGGUUUUUAUUGGAAAGGGGAAUUGAAGAAACACAUGAAGGUCCACAAGACGCCUUUUCCUUGUGAGCAGUGCGGCAGAAAUUUCCUAGAAAAGAGGUCUUUGGAAAAUCACCUUUUGUGUCACGAGAAAAGCAAAGCCCCGUUGCCCUUCUCCUGUCCCAAGUGUAAGAGGUCGUACCGAGGAGAGGAGUCGCUCCAGAACCACCUCAAGCGUCACCAUCUGUUGAAACUACCAAAGCCGUUCGCCUGCGAUCAGUGCGGGAAAACAUUCAGGAUCCAGCAGUCUCUCGAAAACCACCUGGUCCGCCACGAGAAAUCCAAGCAGCUGCUGAAGUGCCAGCUUUGCGACAAGACCUGCAGGACGGCGGUCCAGCUGAAAUGCCACAUGAGCGUGCACUCGGACGAGAGGCCGUUCAGCUGUGCGACGUGCGGGAAGGAGUUCAAGAGCAAAGACACCCUCCGCUUCCACCAGAUAGUUCACUCCACCCAAAAAAAAUACAAGUGCACGAUGUGCGACGAGACGUUCAAAUAUGCCCACUCCCUGACUGUGCACAAGAGGAAACACACAGGCAUCACUCCGUUCAUCUGCACCGUGUGCAACAAGCCGUACCGGACUGGCACCGCUCUGAAAAGACACAGCAUAGUCCACACUGGGGAGAAGCCCUUCACCUGUCACAUAUGCGGCGCGAGGUUCAGCCUGAAUAACAAUCUCAAGAGGCACCUUCGCAUUCACACGGGAGAGAAGCCCUUCACCUGCCAGGAGUGUGGCAAGAGCUUCUCGGAGAACAACAGGCUGAAGUCCCACAUGCUGAUCCACGGCGCCAGAAAGCCCUUCAUGUGUGAUCUCUGCGGGAAGACCUUCCUCUUCAACUGCAGGCUGCUGAUACAUCAGAAGUACGUGCACGCUAACCAGAGCAAGGAAACGGACGGCACGCAAACGUCCGCCCAGACUAAAAGGUGCAACACUUCUGCGCUGGUUAAACCGUACAGCUGCAAGAUAUGUCUAAAAGGUUUCAGCGCCGCGUCUUCCCUCAAACUGCACGAAAAAGGCCACAGCGAGCAGAAGGAGUUCAACUGUGGCAUAUGUGGGCGGUCGUUCCAUAACAAGUACUCUUUCGCCUAUCACCAGAGAAGCCACAUGGGGGAGAAGCCCUUUAUCUGUGACGUGUGCGGGAAGAGAUUUUUCCUCGCCGGGAGUCUGAAGCAGCACAAGCGCAUUCACACGGGCGAAAAACCUUACAAGUGUGACCAGUGCGGCAAGGCCUUCAGAACCGACGGGAACUUCUACAGACACUUGCGGAUCCACACGGGCGAGAAGCAGUUUGAAUGCGUGUUCUGUCAGCGGAAGUUCCACCAGUCGAACCAGCUCAAGUCCCACAUGCAGGUCCACACGGGGGAGAAGCUCUACUCGUGCCAGCAGUGUGGCCGCGGCUUCUCCGAUUCACGGCAGCUCAAGAAGCACAGCUGUGACGGGCCAUAGGGGACGGGACGGGACGGACACCAGAACGGUAGAACAUGGUUUAAUCUGAUGAAGUCAUAAAUAAAUAGCGGCGUGUUGUCUUAAGGGAAGAAAAAAUGACUCAACAUAGUGCUUCAUUUAUUUCAUAAUGUGUUGUUGAGAGCCGGUACAAUGCACUCCAUCUAUUUAAUAAACAAACAAAAAAAUGACAAUUAUAAGCUCUUCACACUGGCAAAGGGAUGCUCGUUUGUCCUCAUUUUAUAAACUGAUAGCUUUUGUUUUGGCAGUUGGUUUACUACGAGUUUUAACCUAAUGUAGGGCCCUUGUAACUCUCACUUGUUACUGCUCUGGAUGUGCUAGAGUUAAGGGAUUAAUCAAAAGUAAUGAAUUUAGUGAUAGUAAGGAAAAGGAUUCAUAGCUCUACUCUCAUUCAGUGUAUUCGCAGUAGAGGUUAGAAGCAUUGUGGCAUUUAAAUAUCAUUUCUUUCUUUGUGUUUCAAUAAGUUAAUUUAUUUGUUUUUUUUGUGAAAGAUUUGUAUGUUUUUUGUUAAUUCACAAUAAUCAAUACAAUGCCAUUAAGAUGUAAUUGUUUUCAACAAAAAAUUUAAACUGUAAAAUGACUUUUUCAUUUUGAGCUCUGUGUAUUAUGGUACCGACAUUAUUUUUUUUCCGCUUGUUAUUGCAAUUAAAGAACAUUUGCAAUCGAA